AUUAGUUUUUUAAAGUACGACGGCGAAUUAGCAGUUUAGCAGUUAGCAGCUCUAAAAAAAAGAAUAUAAACUUAGUUUAUUAAUAAACAAAUGCUAAUUUUAAUACUACCUUAUUUAUCUGAAUAAGUUAAUCAUGCAGCACAAUUCAGUUAUGUGCAGAAUAUGCUUUCGAAGUGAAAACAAUAUUACUCGUUUAUUUUCAGAUAGUUCUGUAUCAAAGGGAAUUCUUGACAAAUUUUAUUUAUGUUUUCAAAUUGUUAUGAACCCCGAAAAGGAUUUGCCAGAUGGAAUUUGCAACCAAUGUCUUAAAAUAUUGGAAAAUGUAAAUUGUUUCAGGAUUAUGUGUAUUACUAUUUACGAACGUUUUGCUGAUUUUCGCAAAAGCUUUACGCGUGAAAUGAAUGCUUCAAAAUGUCGUGAAGACGAAAAAGAUGAACUAGCAUUGCACGAAGAUAAAUUUUUGGAAGUUAAAACUGAAACGGAAGGAACUUUGUUAGAUAAUAAUAAACAAACAAGUAAUUUUUUUAAAUGUCAAAUAUGUGAUAAAGUUCUUAAAACAAUGAAUUCAUUGUCAAAACAUAGUAUUUCCAUGCAUCAAAAUCGCAAGCAUGCAGGCACCGUCACAGGCAAUGGUAUCUACAGACUAUACCAUUGUACUACUUGUACUUAUUCAACUCCACACAGUCAAACAUUAAUAAACCACAUGAGAAGACACAAUGGAGAGCGACCAUUUGUUUGUGAGUGUGGAAAAAGUUUUACACAAAGAUCUAGUCUUUCAGCUCAUCGUAAAACGCACAGUAUCUCUUCAAACUUUACUUGCUUUAUAUGUGGAAAACAAUUUAAACUAGACUUUGCAUUAAAAAGUCAUUUAAUUGUUCACAAUACUGGUCAAUUCAAAUGUGAUAUAUGUCAAAAAGUGCUUAAAUAUAAAAGGUCUCUACAAACACACAUAAAUCGACAUCAUAAUAUUCAUAAUUACAAUUGUGAGGACUGCGGUGAUACAUUUGUAUCUUCUUCAGAACUAAUAAAUCAUAAAGUAAAGCACAAAGUGGAUAAAAAUAUGGAAUGUCACUUGUGUGGGUAUAAAACACACACAAAGAAAAAUUUAAUUAUACAUUUGAAGAGGCAUACUGGAAACAAGGAGUACAAAUGUAACAUUUGUAAAGUUUGUUUCUUCACACUUGGUGAUCUGCAUCGUCAUCAAAGGAAACACAGUUCUGAAAAGCCCUAUUCUUGCCCUACUUGUACUCAAAGAUUCAGUCAUAGUCCCAGUGUUAACAAACAUAUGAAAAUUGUUCAUGGAGUGGAUUACAAAUGGGGUGAGGUUAGAAAAAAGCAGUUGAAAGACUCAAGAUUAAAAAAUAAACCAUACCAAAUUAAAAAUUAUGAGAAAUAAAAAUAAUUUCACAAAUAA